AUGAAGCGAUUCUGGGAAUGCCGCCCGGACUACCGUGACUACAUUUCUUUCAACCAUGAUUACUGGAAUAACCUGGACGCACAGACUGCCUUCAUCGUACGCAGUCUGAACGACUAUGCUCAGAGCACCGAGGACGGCAGCAUCAAGGAAAUGAUCGAAAAUAAACUGCCUGUAAUCACAUCGUUUGCCUUUGUGCUGCAGAAAGAACUUCGUUCUCUCAUGGACCUCACGACCAAGGCCAUGUUGCUUGACGAAGAUGACCCAGAGCUUGAUGAGGUACAGGAAGAUCACGAUGAGAAGGAAUUUGUGGUACAACAAAUGCUCCACAUUGCACAAACACUCGACUACACUGACGAAGUCGGCCGGCGACAAGUGUACAACAUCACUCGCGAGGCGAUUGCAAAGGCUCAACUUCCGGAAGAAUGCACAAAGCUCGCCAUUGAAGUACUGCGCAUAGUGUGUGGAGUACGUGGCGAGUCGGAUUUUUGCGCUCUGAUUGUCGAGGCAAUUGCUGAAGUACGAGACACCUUGCUAGACGGUGAUGACGAGGCCAUGGGCAAUGGCGACGAGGAAGAGAGUUUCCACUCUGCUCAGUCUGAUGUCGAUGGUGAUGCGCCUUUGAUCAAGCCGCGAGGUGCGAAUGGCAAGGUUCUGACGGAGGAGGAAGAGCUCGAACGCCAGACGCGCGAGGUCUUGGUCCAUUCGAAAUGCUUGCAUAUUGCGCAGUGUACGCUGGAGAAUGUACACUGUGAUUUAGAGUCAAACUCGCACCUGAAGGAUAUAUUGAACACGCUUAUCAUACCGGCGGUUCAGGCUCACCAAGCUAAUCUCCGAGAGCGUGGAGUCAUUUGCCUAGGACUGGCAGCACUCUUGAGCAGAGAUCUUGCAGAGUCCAACCUCGACCUCUUCUUCCACUGCUUCAUCAAGGGCCACGAGAGUCUCAAGGAGAUUGUCCUCCAAGUCCUGGCCGACGUCUUAAUCACCCACCCCCAAUUGCUUACUCCCACAGUCGAAGACCCAGACGCCACCACCGAAGACGCAGAACCCAUUGUCAAUCCGCGCCUCCGGCCCGUCACAAAAAUCCUCCUCAAAGCUUUUGCAUCCGACUCGCACCGCCUCAGCCUCAUCGCCUGCGAAGCAGCCUCCAAGCUGCUCCUCCUCGGCAUCUUACCCCCCGCCCCAACCGCCGAAAUUCUCAAAGCUUUUGUGUCCACCUACUUUGACCCAGAAACGGCCGCAAAUCCAGCCCUUCGACAGGCACUCAGUUACUUCCUGCCCGUCUUCUGCCACUCCAAGCUCAAGAACGCACACAUCAUGGCCCAAAUGACGGUCCCCAUCCUCUCCAAACUCCUGCUCAUGCGCGAGGAGGACGUGGAGGAGGACGACGCGGAUGAAAUGGUCGGCUGGCCCGUCAUCACCGCCCACUUAGCUGAAUGGACCGACGGCCGCAAAGUCGUAGGUGCCACGGAACUCGGCCUCGACGGCAAAACCAGCACCAGCGCAGAGGCAGAGGAACCGCAUAUACAGCUUGCGAUUGCAGUCCUCGAGCGCGCGCUCACGAGCACGUGUACCAAGGAGGAGCGGAAACCACUGCUCUCGCUCCUGGGCAAGUUGCACAUUUCACCGAGUAGCAACGCGAUGGCUGGACGGGCCGGGGGCGAGCGAGAUGGGUCUGCAGAGGCAGAGGCAUUGAACGAGUUGCAUGUCCUGGUUACCGAGGCCGUGGAAGCGCGACUCGGGACUGACGCCGUUCAGCGCAACAGCCUUGCGAAAUUACACGCUACGCUGACGAAGCGUCUGGGCGAGGUGGAGCGCGAGGUGACGACGCUAGAGCAGGGAGGCGAAGGCGAGCCGAGUGCUGUGCUCGACGGUUUGCGGGAUGCCGGGUCUGCAGUUGGAUCUGGGACGCGGAGGGCGGGUUCAAAGGAGGCGGAUGAAGAUGGACAUGUCGAAGCUAGUGUGGAUGGGACGGAGCUUGGCAAUGGCGAUGAUGGGGACGAGGACGAUGAUGGUGCUGGUCGUAUGGAUGGCGAAGCAGAUCCAGAUCCAGAAGACACAACCAUGUUCGCCGGCAUGCAGGGCGAAGGCACACGCAUGCCGCUCGAAGACGACGACGAAGAAGACGACGAGGAGGCCGACGCCGAGCAAGACCAACCGCACGAUGAUGAAGACGAUGACGACGACGAUCUCCCGGAGGAAAAUACUCUCACGCUGCGUCAGCGUAGGGCGCACCUUGUGACGGAAGAUGAUAUAAUGGAGAGUCUGUUGCAGAGUGAGCUGUAG